CUUCAAUCCCACAUCUACCCCACUGAGUUACUCUCCUUCAUCAGAUUGGCGCCCCACCAAAUUGGCAUUUUGAUAUUGUUCUAACGCCCUUCUUGUCUCCGUGUUGAAGUUAUGGGCUUCAUUCGACCAGCUACUCCUGGCUUCCUGAUUACCCUCAUAGCCACCAUCUUGUUGGCUAUCGUAUCUUUCUCUGUCCCUCUCAUAAAAUCUGUAUAUUUCCUCAAGGCCAACCUUGCCGUGGAAGGCACCAAUGGCUACAUCACUUUUGGAACAAUGGGCUAUUGUAUGGAUAUCUCAGGGACUCUUUCAUGCUCCAAUGCAACAGUUGGAUAUGAUUUUAACAUCAAUGCGUUGGUAGGCGAUAAUACGUCUAUCCAAAUCCCCACUCUAGUUGUAAAAUGGCUCACAUAUGCUCUCGUCCUGCAUAUCGUAGCCUUCGGCCUCGCAGGAAUAGCUACCAUCUUUGGUCUACUCGCUCACGUCCGUGAAAUGUCCAUGACUUGUUUCAGCAGCUGCAUAUCAGGAUUCGGUGCUACCGUUGCCCUUGUUGCUUUCAUUUUUGACCUCGCCAUCUUUUUCGUCGCCAAAUCCAGAAUGAAUAGUGUUUCAGGUGGCUCUGCUUCCAUAGGCAACGCUGUUUGGCUUACCCUUGUCUCCUGGAUCCUGCUGUUCUUCAGCGGAUGUUUCUAUGGUAUCGGAAGGUGCUGCAUCAAAAGACGUCCAAAGGGUGCAUGGGGCAAUAAUGACCGUACGGGUGGGAAUGCAUAUGCAGAUCAAAUGCGACUUGAUGCUGUCAAGGCGGAAGCAGAUCGCAAAGCCAGACAACAGCAAGGCGAAAUUGGUUUACCGUCAUUCCAAGAGUACGAUCCAUCGCAGCCACUGAAGGCCAGAAUCUCGGGUGAAAAUGUAUACCCAGACGAGGAGGAAGCCGUGCCAUAUCGAGACAACCAGAGCGUCUCCACCGCCGGAAGAGCUGGCACGGGGUCCUAUGGUAGUCGUCCAUCACUAGGUGGUUAUGCUGGAGGAGGUUAUGUGCAGGCUCCUCGGGGCACGCGCGCUGUCGAUGAAUACAACAACACUUCUCCGUAUCCAGCGCCACCACGCCGGAAGAGUAGCACCCUAACUCAGACGACGUCCUCGAGCGUUUAUCCGCCGACCUCUGCGGCUCACUCGAUGUCGCCUGUCAAUUCGUAUCAUCCCAUGCCAAGUGCAUAUCCUCCCGCCGGGCCUGCAGCUGUCGCUCCAAUGCAUAAUGCUGCUGGUGCUUAUUAUAGUGACCCAUACUCCCCAGAGGCAUAUGGCCAUGUGGAAGGUGCUACUUGUGACGGCAUUUUCUUAUUUUCUCACACAAUCGCAGCCCGUACGCCUUCGCAGCGACGUGGAGCAUAUAACCCUUGGGAACCGCAGCAGACUCACUACCAGGAAUCACCGUUCAACCCAGAUUCAUACAAUGCUACGGGUGUACUAGCUGCGGCUUCAUAUGCUGCACAUACCCCCCAGCCUGAACACAACUAUGGUGCCAUCGGUGUACCACAGCCAUCGGACCCAUACUAUACUUCAAAUUAUCAAAGUUCGACUAAUGUGCCGAGCUCUCCGCCGCCAACCAACCACAGUGCAUAUGCGGCACCUCCGAGCACGGGUGCUGUGAAGGGCCCGAGAGGGCCGACGCCUGUGGUGAUGUCUCCUCCACAUGAGAUGUACAAUGACAACCCACCAACAUAUGAGGCUGGUCAGUCGCGGGCGCCUGUGCAGUGGAAGUCCUGA